AUGCCGACAUAUGAGCCACAAGCGUUACUUAAGCUUUUGGCAGCAAAUGGAAUCGUUGCCAGUUCAACGAUUCAGUUCUGUCUCGAGACAGAGCUCCAACAAUUAACGUUACAAGAGCUUGAGGUUAAUCAGCCUAUUGGAAAUUCAAUGCAAGCGAGCACACCGCCCAUCCCAAAUACCAAUAAUAUGUAUCCACAAAAACGGAACAACACUGCUGCAAACAAAGUUAACAGUGCAGGCGCCAAAAAGCGUGUGAGAACAGCAUUCAUUAGCAACCAAAUGGCGGAGCUAGAGAAAUAGCACAUUCACAAAAAAGCCCGACCGAACAAGAGGAUUACAAAAAUAUCGUUCCAGAAUAGAAGAAUGAAAGAGAAAAAGAUUGACAGUGCACUAAGAAGGCUGAAGAAACCAUCAUGACUUGCUACUUCGCCAAAUAUAGGCCCAUUUCCUGUAUAUCACAACAUUACAUUCAGUGACCUAAUGUUUAUUGAACGAAACCAAUCAGCACAACCUUCCUCGAUCGUGCCGACGCUUAAGCUACAAACAUCACUUCAACCUCAGACAGUAAAUGGAAUCGUUGCCAGUUCAACAGGAGGUCCCGGGACAGAGCUCUAAAAAUUAAAGUUACAAGAGCUUGAGGUUGAUCAGCCUAUUGGAAAUUCAAUGCAAGCGAACACACCACCCGUGCCGAAUACCAAAAAUAUGACCUGGAACUUAUCCUGGAUUCACAGUAUGAACACCGAAAAUGAAUAUUGA